CUCUCUUCUCUGAGCCAUGAAAAUCGAGGCAGGUUAUGAGUUGGACUCAGUGUCCGGGUUCCCGCCGAUUCCGUCGGAGUUUGAUGCAGUGGAGGAUCCCGGCAACUAUCCCUUCACCUCCGCCAUUAAUCCUCUCGAGGCUUUGGUUCCUUUUCCUCAUUCCGAUUUCUCUCCCUCCGCCUUCGCUUUCUCCGACCUCGACAUUCUCCGUCUCCAACCUUGUCUCCGCGAUUCCAUCCUCCUCGACUCUCCUCUGUCUCUGAUCAACCGCCACCUCGCCGAGUCGAUUCAGCUUGACCAGCUCUUCCAUGGCGCCGGCCUCCCCGACCCGGCCACGUCGCCAUUUCUCCACAUGCCGAACCUCCACGCCGUCGAUCAGACAACGCUGUUCUCAUGCUUUCCUCCGGCUUUACCAGGAGUUCAUGACGAGAAACGCCGUCGUUUCACCGUGGAUGUACCUCCGCCGCCGCCGCCGCCGCCGGUUGGCUUCACGAUCUCGCCGUCGUCAGCCUCCGGAACUCCAGCGUCGACGACUCAGAACAAUACGGCUCGGGACAGGCGGAGGAAGAUCGCGGAGAAGACUCGGUCGCUGGAGAAGCUGAUGCCAUGGGAGAAGAAGAUGGACAGAGCUACGCUGCUGGAAGAAGCUCACAAGUACAUAAAGUUUCUCCAAGCUCAGAUCGCCGUUCUCCGGUGGAUGCCUCUUGAGGCGGUCUUCUCCGGCGCCGGCGGAUUGAACCGGCAGCAGGUUCUGCAGGUGAUGGCGAGCUCGUCGCGAGUUCAGACAACGCUCUACACGCGCGGCUGCUGCGUCUUCUCACGCGAGCAGUUGCUUUCGCUGAACAUGACGUCUCCGUCCACCAGGAAUCUCUGAUCACGGCGGCGCUUGUGUCCCACGCGCCAUGAACAUCCGUACAGUUUUCCUUUGUUUUGUUUUUUUGUUUGGAUUUUCAGUACUUACAAAAAAGGUUACAUGCGGUAGGAAAAUUUUAACGGUGCGGCAACUAAA